GGGGAGUCUAGUCUCUUUCAAACUUCCGGGCGGGAACUUCCGGUUACGGUGAGUUGAGUUCCUGCUAGAGACACAUGAUGGGAAACUGAAAGCCGUAGGUGCGCUCCUGGAGUUUGUCUGCGAAAAGUACAGUAAUCCUACAUGUGGUCGAGACGAUGGGAUCCAAAAUAAAAUAACAGAGGUGACUGAAGCACCAAGCCUCAGUAGGACUCCAUCAAGCCGAGGGGGCCGCAACAGAAAUGGCAAACCUGAACUGGAAGCCGUUUGUCUAUGGGGGAAUGGCCUCAAUUGUCGCAGAAUUCGGUACGUUUCCCAUUGAUCUCACAAAAACACGGCUCCAGGUUCAAGGGCAGAUGCACUGUAUGGAGGUCCGAUAUCGGGGGAUGUUCCAUGCUUUGUUCAGGAUUGGACGUGAAGAAGGUAUCCGGGCAUUGUAUUCAGGAAUUUCACCUGCGCUCCUCCGACAAGCUUCCUAUGGGACAAUCAAGAUCGGUACAUACAACACACUGAAGAAACUGUUUGUUAGCCAUCCUGAAGAUGAAACUAUGGUGAUAAAUGUAUUUUGUGGGGUGGUGUCUGGUGUUUUGUCCUCCUCUUUGGCAAAUCCAACGGAUGUGCUAAAGAUUCGCAUGCAGGCUCAAGGCAGCCUGUUACAGGGAAGCAUGAUGUCUAAUUUCAUCAACAUUUACCAGACAGAGGGCACUCGAGGCUUGUGGAGGGGUGUCAUUCCCACUGCACAGAGGGCAGCCAUUGUGGUAGGUGUGGAGCUGCCAGUCUAUGACAUCACCAAGAAGCAUUUGAUUCGUUCAGGCCUAAUGGGAGACACAGUGUUCACUCAUUUCAUUUCCAGUUUCACAUGUGGUCUGGCAGGAGCGCUGGCCUCCAACCCAGUGGACGUGGUGAGGACACGUAUGAUGAAUCAGCGUGUGCUCGCCGGUAACCCUCUGUACAAGGGCACCCUGGACGGACUCAUGCAGACCUGGAGAAAUGAAGGAUUUUUUGCUCUUUAUAAAGGCUUCUGGCCCAACUGGCUGCGUCUGGGUCCCUGGAACAUCAUUUUCUUCAUAACCUUUGAGCAGCUGAAGAAGCUUCCGUUGUAGCUGAGUCUAUGACUUCGCUGAACUGUUUGUGCGUGUUUGUGUGUGUAUGGAGCCUCUGUCCUUAGCCUUCACCAUCCCUUUUCCAUCACAUACCUAUAAGUAUGUUUAUUUAAGAACUUGUUUUAUUCUGUUCUCAUUUGUAUUGUACAUACUUGACAUUUAAAUACACUCAUUUUUGCACCUAAAUGCUUUAUUUUUCACUCCUGGCAGCUAUCUGUCCAUCUGCGCCAUGUUCACAGGCCCAGUGGUGAUAUCAUAAUAUAUGCAUAGCCAGCUAGAAGUCACACUGGUGAAUAUUUGAGGUAAAGCACUAUAGCUGGAAACCAUCAGGCAUAGUUUCUCCUCACUGGCUUGAGAUCAUGGCAUCAUACCAUAGUGCUCAAGUUAAGUUACUAAAGACAUGUCCGCUGGGUGAGAAUGUAGAGCAAUAGUUAGUGUAUUACUGAAUAUAAUCAGAGGUUAUAUAGGGUAUAUAUCAGAUCCCCCAGGAAUAUUUGAGGUCAACACACUCCAAAUUAGACAUUAUCUUUUUCUAAGUUAAACUGUUCACAUGUAGACAGCGCUUCAAUUACAAAAAUCUAAUUGCUUCAUCUGUAGACUGCAGAUAUGAUAGGAAAUGUCCAUGUUACAAACUUGUAUAUAGGUCAAAUUAAUACCAAAGGAACUAGUAAGGGGGUGAUGUGACCUCACAUCCUGGAACUUUGAACUCAGUGGGCCUUAUUCAUAAAACACAAGCAAAUUUUAGUGUAGCCUCAAUCAUUCACAAGUCCGUUCUUGCUCAAGUUGUCACAUUUAAAUCAACAUUGCUUGUUUCAUAAGGCCCAAUGUGCGCAGAAAGUAUCCAAUAUUAUGUCUAAAACUUCUGAAAUGCUCCAUGAAGAUGGAUGAGGAGUUUUUGCUUGAACAUGCACAGAAUUUAAACACUUGUACACAAGAUAUGUACUGUUUUUAUUCUUUUCUGUUUUUGCAGUGAUCUCUUUGUCACGUGAGUGUGUGUUUGUAGUUUGUGUUCUGAGAAGCACAUGCAAAAUGUUAAAUAUUUUGGCAAUUGUCAAGUGUGUAAAUACGGCUACUGUAUGAUAGAAUAAAAUAAUAGCUUAUAUAGUGUUUUUUUUUUUUUUUUUUUUAAAUCAGAUUUUGUGGGAAGAGGGGUCAGUUGCAUUUUGGGUGCUUGCCUCCUUUGCCAAAGUGGACAUGUUUUGAACCAGAACUGCACUGUUGUUGCUGAGUUUUUAAAAGUGACAUUAUUAUUGGGAAAGUACUGUUACAUAUGUAUCAUUGUAUGUCAAUAUAUUUCAAUGCUUUUGUAUUUAUGCCUUUGCCUAAUCGUUUUAUGCCUCUUGGUGUGUUAGCCAAACAUGAAGGGAUGAACUUCUGCUAUACUUUACUGUGCUCUGUUGUUCAUAACCUUAAACAUGUUCAUAAUCAUAUCAAACUGUACUGUAAACUAUCUGUAAUCAAACAUUCUUGCUUAAGUUAUAUGGGCAAACGGUCCUACAUACGACUUCAAGGUGACAGGUUUAAAUGGCUUAAUGUAUAUGUAAUGCCUGGAUUAUUCAGGGGUUUCCUCUUUAAUAUACUUGCUUCUAAUUCUUUCCCAGACUUAGGCUUUUGCUAGAUUGGUCACUACAGCAUGGUGCAUGAUAUAUUCCUCUCUGGGUAACUUUUGAAAAUGCUUAUUUCAUUGUGUAGCAAAGACCAAGAACCACAUUAACCAAUGUGCCAGUGUUUUUAUUUCAAUUUACUGUAAGUCACCCACAGAUCAUGUUGUUGUUGGUUUUUUUUUUUUUUUUUUUUGCAUUAUUUUUAUUUUUUUUUUAAAAUAAUUUUUAAUGUAGCAGAUAUUUGCUCUUUUAUUAAAUGAAAUGUUCUUUUGUGUAGAUGUAAUUUAAAUUUGUGGGGGUGUUCAUUUGGAUGUAUAAUGGAGGUCAUGAUGAAUGUUCUGAUUACACUGUCAUACAAUGAUGACAAUUGUACAAUUUACUGCCCCAGUUUUCUAAAAUUUGUGUGUGUGUGUGAGAGAGAGGUGAGAGAGAGAGUGAGAGAGAGAGUGAGGGUGAGGGAGAGAGAGAGAGAGGUGAGAGAGAGAGUGAGAGAGAGAGUGAGGGUGAGGGAGAGAGAGAGAGAGUGAGAGAGAGAGAGUGAGUGAGAGAGAGAGAGUGAGAGAGAGAGAGUGAGAGAGAGAGAGUGAGUAUAAAAGCAAAUAAAAUCCCCAACACUUUUUUUUCUUUUUCUUUUUUUCUCCUUUUCGAAAAUUGAAAUGCAGCAAAUACCCAUUGCUGGGUAUUAUAUUUGCUUGGAAUUGCCAAUUUCCUUGUGAUCCACUCUUUGGUUAAGUGUCUUUGGUGAACAUAAACAUUUAUUAUGAUCUAUUGGUUGAAUAGACAAUGAAUUGUUUUAAGAUUGUCUGAUUUUUUUUUUUUUAUUUAUUUAUUUUUUUCUCCAAUGGCUGGUUUAAAUUAUUUUGCUUUGUCUGAUGUAACUGCACCCCGAUAAUAAACACAGUGUUCACUGAAA